UAUCUAGGCAAAUGCUAGAGACCGAGACACGGAGAGAGAAAGAGAAAGAGAAACAACAGAGUGAGUGAAAAAUGGAGCUGAGCUUGGACACCAGUCUGGUGUUUAUCCCAAAAACAAUCUCUGACUUUCUCGCGCAGCUCUCAACCAUGGAAGAUAGCUCUCAGAGGUCGUCAGAGCUUGAUGCUUAUGUGAAAAGGCUCGAAGAUGAAAUGAGAAAGAUUGAAGUUUUCAAGCGCGAGCUUCCUCUUUGCAUGCUGCUCUUAAAGGAUGCAAUUGAGAGGUUGAAGGAGAGAGUAAUGCAGUGUAAGAAAAUGGAAGAUCGGCCUGUGAUAGAAGAAUUCAUACCAUUGAAGGGUAAUCUGGAUGAGAAUGGAGGGGGAGUUUUGGGAAAGGAAAACAGUGACAAGAAGAACUGGAUGAGCUCUGCUCAGCUUUGGAGCACAAGCCUCAAUAUUUUUGAGUACAGCAAACACGACCCUGAAUCAGGACUCAGAAUGAGGAACGAAGAAGAUGAUCGGUCGGUGCCUGAGAACUCAAUUGAGCCAAGUAAUAACAGAGCCAUGGGAAGGACAUUUGUGCCAUUCAAGGAACAAUAUGAGUCUGGUUUUACAGGAACUUGUCUUAAGGAUGACAAGGAGGUCUCACAGGUCCCAAGCCUUUCUCUUAUGACUCCAUUGAUGUCUGAAGCACUGGAUGCUUCUACCAAUACAAACAUUAAGAGCAACAACAACUGCAGAGGUGGUUCAGGUUCUGGUUUGGCAGGCCAACUCAAAUUACAGAACAAACCUCAACAGCAAUCACAGCAGCAACAACCCUUUAGGAAGCAAAGGCGAUGCUGGUCACCUGAGCUUCACCGCCGCUUUAUUGAAUCUCUUCAACAGCUUGGAGGAACACAAGUGGCCACUCCUAAGCAGAUAAGAGAGCUUAUGCAGGUGGAUGGUCUCACCAAUGAUGAAGUGAAAAGCCAUUUGCAGAAAUACAGGCUUCAUGUCCGAAAGCUACCGGCUUCUUCUGCUGCCAAAGGCAAUGGCAUAUGGAUGCCCCUAGAUCACAGUGCAGACCAUUCUAAGGCAAACAACUCACAGUCUGGUUCUCCACAAGGUCCUCUCCUUCCAGGUGAGUUUGCCAAAGGUCGAUCUACAACUGGAGGGGAGUCAGAUAACAGCAGAGAAGCAGAAGAAGAUGAGAAAUCAGAUGGCCAGAGUUGGAAAGGUGGGCUUCUUCACAACAACCAAGGAGGAGAUGUAUAGACAUACAAUCAUCCCCCAUGAAUUUUGCAGAUACAAAUAUACAUGGGGAAUCAUAGUCUCUGAAUUAUGAGUAAUAGUAAUAAGGUACCUUUAGCAAAAACAGAAGGGAUAUGCAGCUCAAGUUUUUUUAAAAAAAAUCUUUUGAGGCACUGCUUUAGAAAGAGGAGAUGUGAAUUUGCCAUUGUUAGAGCAAGUUUCUUCUGGUUCUUUUAUACAGUAGGAAGUAAGAUGAAAAUGUACCCAACAUAAUAUUCACUUUAUUUUAUUUGUAUGGUUUAACUUCUUUUAUAUUAGUUAUGCCCUAAUAUCUCAA